UUGACGUUAGUAAAUCAGUAGUGUUGCAAUCCAGCAAUAGACACAGUUCCCAAGAGCAACAGCAGAUCCAAAGAAUCUUCUAGUGAAAAUGAAGUUUGUCGUGGUUGUGAUUUGUGCGGUUGUGGGAGUGGCUCUUGGCGAAUCCGCCGACGAUCAGCAGGCUGAUGUGGUUAAUGGUCAGAAUCAACCUCAGGCGCAAGACAGGCUAUUCGAAUUGAGCCGAAAAUCAAGGCAGCUAUUCGGUACGGCAUAUCCAUAUAGCGGUGGACUAACGCAGGGAGCUUAUCCUUACCCAGUUGGCACUGGUAUAUCGGCAUACUCUGGAUAUUCUGGCUAUCCCACUACCGGACUCGGCUUCAAUAGCGGGCAGUACAGCGCUGCGUUGUAUGGCGGCGGUCCAUAUGCAGCUGGAUCGUAUGGAACUGGAGGAUAUGGAGCUGGAGCGUAUGGAGCAGGAGCAUACGGAGCUGGAUCUUACGGUGCCGGAGUGUAUGGCGGUGGAUUGUACGGAGCUGGAGGCUAUGGCGGUGGUCUGUAUGGAGGCAGUGGACUGGGAUACAACGGUUAUGGAGGUUAUAGCCAGUUCGCUAACGAUCCAUACAGCGCAAUCGGCUCGAGAGGAUUCGUUCCAUCGAAUUUGUACAGACGAGCAUUCUGAAGAGGAUUUAACAUGGGCACCAGUGUUUAACAGUGAGUGUAACCUACGAGAAAUGAAAAAUGGCUGAAUGAAAUAAAGGUUCGAUAAGUGCAAUUGAAAA